GGAUUAUUUUUGUGGAGCACAACGGUCAUGGCUGUGGCUCAGCUUGUGUCUCCCUUUUGAUAACCGUUUUGUCGAACUGUAUAGGGGCUUUAGAUGUGAUGUAAUGUCAGAUAAACGUCAGCGUGCUAGAGUCCAGGGCUCCUGGGCCAAACAACUGCCAAAACACACAAGGCCAACAGGUACAGUUCCAAAUAACCAUCAACCCCAAAGUACCCACUCAGCCCCUGGUUCUUGGGGAUCAGGGCCACAGAAGACAUGUGAGACAUUUGAGUAUCAUCAGCCUACUAAGGCCGUUAGAGAUGUUCCAGCUGAGAAGUUUCUUCAAGAACAUAAUUUUGCUUUGGACAGGAAGGCAGGUGAUCAUGUCAUCAGCAGUGGACCAUCUGGGGUGUCCAGACUCCGGCUGCUGCCUGGGUUUCUUCCCCCAGAGGAGGCUGACUGGAUGUUCAGUAAGCUGUUAGCAGAGCUUCCCUGGUCCCAGAAGACAAACUACAGACAUGGUGAGGCAUACGAGGAGCCCAGGCUGACCUGCUGGUAUGGGGAGUUGCCCUACACAUACGCUCAAUCCACAAUGGCUGCCAACACACAGUGGCAUCCAUUGCUGUUACCUCUCCGAGACGCAGUAGAACAGGCGAGCAGGUGCACGUUCAACUCCCUACUGUGCAACUUGUAUCGGGACGGCCAUGACAGCAUUGGCUGGCACAGUGACGACGAGGCCUCUUUAGGUGUCAAACCCACCAUCGCUUCCCUCAGUCUGGGCGACACCCGAGCGUUCAGUCUUCGCAAGCAGCCACCACCAGAGGAGAACGGCGACUACACUUACGUGGAGAGGAUUCGGGUUCCCCUGAGUCACGGGACACUGCUGCUAAUGGGAGGAGCUACACAGGAUGAUUGGCAGCAUCAAGUCGCUAAAGAGUACCAUGACAGAGGCCCACGUAUCAACUUGACCUUCAGAACUACCUAUCCAGAGCCAGAGGGCCACAAGCCAGGGACUAAGCUUCGCUUCACUGCCAAAUAAUAGUGAAGUGCCCUCAGAGUCAGGUAUUUAAGGCUUAGGAACGUGCAGAUUUGAGCUGUUUCAGGAAAGUUCUGCAAAGACAUCACUGAAUUGCACACCACAGUCUGAAUAACAGUUUCUUCCUAACUUAAAAUGGAGAUUUGCGUCUCUGCCUGUAUUCACCUGUUGCGUAAGUGAACGGAGAAUGGGUGUUAAUGAGGGAUUAAAGGUUUGGUCCAAUCUCACUUUUGAGUGUCACUUUGACUUAAUUCAGCACAGGCAGUUUAAUUUCAGACAGUUAUUAUAUUUUGGUUAGUAUGUUGGAGGUUGGAACAUUGCAACUGGCACUGAGCAAAAGUUAAGUUCAACAGAAAACAACGUUAUUUCUUCUUCUUUUUUGAUAGAAAAUAUGAUUUACAUUAUUUAGCUUUUAUUUUACUAGGAAGUCACCUGGACAUUGGAAUCUCUUUUCUAAGUGAGACAUGGACACAUGUCAGUCAGCACAUCAUACAUGUUGAUGUGAAAUUAUGUGACUUCAAUGUAAUGUUGUGAAAUGUACCCAACGCCCCUCCGUGUUUAUCCUGUCAAGCUUUAAGGACGGCGCAUGGUUGCUAUGAAAAGUAAGAAGGAAACUGGCAACUAGGGCCAGUUCAUACAAACAAGACAGUAGUAGGACAUGAUAUUGCGAAGUAUAUCAGGAGAAUAUGUACAGUAUACUGUAUUUUGGGUCCUGUUCCUCUUUGAUACUGACAUUUGAAAUUGUAUGACUGGGAAAAAGUACAUGUUUCAAGGGGAACUCGGAUAACUUCAGCAACUCUGGCAUGGUGUUCUAUUUAUUUCAUUAAAAAAGAAGUGUUCUUGAUUGUGUUUUACUGAAAUAAAAAGUACUGUUCUCUG